AUGCCACAUGGGAAGUCCACGGUGAUGGCGACGACCUUUCAAGCUGUAUCACCCCGGACAACAGCAUGGGCAACUAGAGCCGCGGACACACAUCAGGACCUGAACAAUGGACUGGCUGCGACAAGGACGGUAUUCGAAGUCGCAGAGGAAGCCUCGCAGACGCUGCGACGUCUGGUUGCCCUACCUGGCGUCAACUUGCCCUCGCCAUUGGCAACCGACUCAUCGAGUCUGGCAGAUGUUAGAAAGUAUUGCGCCUCGCUGGGUUUGACUUGGACUCACCUGGACCCGGAAAAGGACCACUGGAGCCAUGAUUCGAAAGAUCAGAAGGCCAAGUAG